AUGGAAGCAACAGCAACCAACGGUCAUCAAACCCAGCCUGCUCCCCGCAACCGGUUGUUUCUGGUUUCGAGUCCUCGCACUGCCUCGAACUUGCUAGUCAAAGUCCUUGCCCUGGCCCAACAGCCAAAUGCACUGAUUAACGAACGUGGCGGCUACGUCCUAUGGAAUGCCUUCAUGUCCGCCAACCUCGAUGGCCGCUUGUUCAAGCCUCUUAAUCAAUGGACUGCCGCUGACAAGGCCAAGCUGCGGGAAGACUCCCAACGAUGUCUUAAUGAGUUGGAAGAGAGUUCAGCAAAGGCCGAGCAGGAGGGCAAGAUGUUCGUCACCAAGGAACACGCAGGAUGGUUCAUGAAGAUGAGUGCCAUUCAGGAAUACGUAAACAGCAAAGACACAGUCAAUGAUGAGCCACCACCGGCACUAGACUAUCCGAUUGCAUACGGUUCUUCUGAUAAAAUGGGCUUUUCGCCCAACAACAAGACCAUGUUUGCCGACGCAUACUUGCGCACAUGGCAGGCUGCCUUUAUCAUCCGGCAUCCGGCCCUCGUUUUCCCAUCUGCGCAGCGAUCCUUAGGGAAAUUGCUCAAGGAUACGAUGGAAGGCGACAUCUUGGAGAAGUCUAUUUCAAUUAACAUGACGUUCCGCUGGACUAGGGCCCUAUUUGACUUCUUCCAAGAACAGGGUGACAAACCCCCGGCCGUGCUGGAUGCACAUGAUCUAAUCAACAACCCCUUGGUUGUCGCCAAGUACAGCAAGCUCAUCGGCUUAGACCCUACUCAGUUGCAGUUCGAGUGGGAUACACAGGCCCGCAAGGAAACUAAGGGCCAUAAUGAAAUGACGGAGGAAGAGCGUCGCGAUUACAUGGAAGCUUUCAUGCUAGCCACUUUGCGCAAUUCUUCGGGCAUUGACAAGAACAAGGCCCCUGAAAACAUCGACAUCGCUGUCGAGGCGUCUAAGUGGAAGGAGGAAUUUGGUGAAGACAUCGCGAGUAUGCUCGAGAAGGCAGUCGUGGAAGCGAUGCCAGACUAUGAGUAUCUCAAGGCUCGACGAGUCAGCGUUGAGGAUGGAGAAAUCCUCUGUUAG